GCGGAGGGCUGCUGCAGGAGAGAGCCCAGCUAGGGUAUGGCUGGGCUGGAAUAUGUGUUGGCGGUGGUGGGGAGCUGCAGAGUGUGGGGAAACAGCCAUCAGGUGCGGGCUGCCAAGGGCAGUGAUUUGCCCGUGUCUGGUAUGGGAGGUAGUGAUGUAGAUUUGUCUUUGGUGAGCCCAGCGUGGAGAGUUUUCAGCUCCGGCCCCGGGGUAAGAGCUGUGAAAUCUGUGAGCUAUCUGGGGAGAGCCAUUUGGAAGGUGUAGCCAGGGGCGGUGAUGUAACGCUGGAAAGGAAAGGGGUCAUCCUAGUGAAUGAUGAGAGGGAGAGAGCUGGGGGCUGAAACACUGGGUGUAAGUGUGCCAGCGCCAUGAUGUCAUGAGGCCCGAGAACUGGGUCAGGUGUGUGGGCCAGGAUGGGGCCUGCAGGGCAGCUGCACAGUGCUCGCAGGGAUGGGGUGGUGACGUCAUGGGUUGGUGAGGGCGGGGCCUCGAAGGCACCGCUGGGAUGCGUGAGGUCAGGAAGGAGGCAGAGGCUGAGAAGAGGAACUGGGAGAGGCUCAGGACUGGAAUGAAAUCAGCCACCAGGAUGAGCCACUGGCCAUUCCGAAGCAAGGAUGGAGGAUGCAGCAACCUUGGCCAUGGACCAGCCGGCUGGCCUGCAGGUGGACUACGUCUUCCGGGGUGUGGAGCAUGCCGUGCGGGUGAUGGUUUCUGGGCAGGUGCUGGAGCUGGAGGUGGAGGACCGGAUGACGGCUGACCAGUGGCGGGGCGAGUUCGAUGCUGGCUUCAUUGAAGAUUUGACUCACAAGACAGGGAACUUCAAACAGUUCAACAUCUUCUGUCAUAUGCUGGAGUCAGCCCUCACUCAGAGUAGUGAGUCAGUCACCCUGGACCUGCUGACCUACACAGACCUGGAGUCCCUGCGGAACCGCAAGAUGGGGGGCCGCCCAGGCUCCUUGGCCCCCAGAUCGGCCCAGCUCAGCUCCAAGCGCUACCUGAUCCUCAUCUACUCCGUGGAGUUUGACAGGAUUCACUACCCGCUGCCCCUCCCGUACCAGGGCAAGCCAGACCCCGUGGUUCUGCAGGGCAUCAUCCGGUCACUGAAGGAGGAACUGGGCCGCCUGCAAGGGUUGGAGGGCCAGAACACUCGGGACACCCGGGAGAAUGAGAUCUGGCACCUGCGGGAGCAGGUGUCGCGCCUGGCGUCCGAGAAGCGGGAGCUGGAGGCGCAGCUGGGCCGAUCGCGCGAGGAGGCGCUGGCCGGGCGCGCGGCGCGCCAGGAGGCCGAGGCGCUGCGCGGGCUGGUGCGCGGGCUGGAGCUGGAGCUGCGGCAGGAGCGCGGCCUCGGGCACAGGGUGGCCGGCCGUCGCGGCCAGGAUUGCCGCCGUCUGGCCAAGGAGCUCGAGGAGGCGAAGGCAUCGGAGCGGAACCUGCGCGCCCGGCUGAAGACGCUGACCAGCGAGCUGGCAUUGUACAAGAGCGGGAGGCGGACUCCGCCGGUGCAGCCGCCCCCGACGCGGGAGGACCGGGCCUCAUCGUCCCGGGAGCGCUCCACGUCGCGAGGCCGCGGCGCCGCGCGCUCCUCAUCCCGGGAGAGCGGCCGCGGGAGCCGGGGUCGGGGCCGCCCUGCGCGCCCCUCGCCCUCGCCCACAGGUGGUCGCGCGCUCCGCUUCGACCCCACGGCCUUUGUGAAAGCCAAGGAAAGGAAGCAGAGAGAGAUCCAGAUGAAGCAGCAGCAGCGGAACCGCUUAGGCAGUGGGGGAAGCGGGGACGGUCCGUCCGUCUCCUGGUCUCGCCAGACCCGGCCCCCUGCUGCCUUGACUGGCCGACGGGACGCCCCUAACCGCUCCCGAAACCGCAGCUCCUCAGUGGACAGUUUCCGCAGCCGCUGCUCGUCUGCCAGCUCCUGCAGCGAUUUGGAGGAUUUCUCUGAGUCGCUCUCCAGAGGGGGUCACCGCCGCCGUGGGAAGCCUCCCAGCCCAACGCCCUGGAGUGGGUCCAAUAUGAAGUCUCCCGCCGUGGAACGCAGCCACCAUCAGAAAUCUCUGGCCAACUCCGGGGGCUGGGUCCCCAUCAAAGAGUACAGCUCGGACCACCAGGCGGCUGACAUGGCCGAAAUAGACGCACGCCUGAAGGCCUUGCAGGAGUACAUGAACCGACUGGACAUGCGGUCAUAACGUGGAGAAGGGGUACUGCCCCUCCAUCCCCCACCCACUUGCUGGGUAUGGUGUGGGGGGUGGGGCCAGGGUGGCCUCCAGCCCUGCCCGGUCCCUGCCCUGGCCCCGUCCCUCCUGCUGCCCCUGGGGUCUCAAGUGUGUGAGGCCCUGACCCUGCCCUCUCCCCAGGCAGUGCAUGCUGGGAGGGAGGAUGUGUGCAUUUUGUAAAUAAACAUAUUUGCCCUGGGGACCCCUCAGCUUAUGACUAAAGGGUGAGGGUGGAGUGAGGAGAAAUGUGGAGGAAGAGAAAUUGGGGGGUAUAAUUGGGACCUGUGUGUCUGUGCCUCGGAGGCAGAUUGGGACUCAGGCCUAGGAAAAGCUUGUACACUCUAAACAGUGCAAGGGCAGACCUGGGAGGAGUAGUGAGCAGCCCAUCCCUAAAGGAGUCCAAGCAAAGUUUCUGCGCAGGAUGCCUUUGGCUGUGUGGUGGGAAGGAGGUGUCUUGCAGCGUGGUUCACUGCCCAGGAGGACCCCCAGGACCCACUGUUGGUGACAUCCAGGCUGCCUUGGUGCUGAUUCCUGGGCUCUGACCUGAGACCUCUGGGUUCUGAGCUGUGAUGUUGCUCUCGAGCUGGGAUCUCCGGGGUCUUGGUUCAGGGCCGGGGCCUCUGGGUUCCAAGCACCAGUGAGGAGAGUGCUGGGAGGGGAAGGGGUGGGAGGGCUUUGGUCUUGUGGGAGGGAGAGAAGGAGGGGAGGUGUGUGGUGGGACAUGCUGAGGAACACAUUUUGAGCUACAUCUUUAUGGGAGAAGGAGGCAGUGGGGUUUUUGGCCAUGGGAGGAGAGGAAUGGGGUGCGGAUCAGCAGGGCCUCAGGGGGAGCGGUAGUGUGGCCAAUUCUGGAUGAGGUUGUAGAGCUGGUCGCCUGGAGAGAGUGUACGCUGCACAUCCCGGUGUCCUUUGAGCACAUAGUUGGACCUCAGGGCUCCCUGAGCCACAUCGCAGGCCAGUAGACCCUGGGCUGCCCGGAUGGCCUGGGGUGUGGGCACCUGAUCUGGAGGAGGCAGAGGUAGGAGUCAGGCAGGGGCCUCCCCGAAGGGGAAGUGAUAGUGUAGGGCCCCGUGUCAGCCCCCAUCCCGACUGGCUGGACAGUCACUCACCCAUAUAGUUGCCCAUGAAGCUGAUGCCAAUGGACAUGGGGUUCCAUAAGUGACCUGAGUGGGCACCCGUGAAGUUCCAGCCACGGCCCUCGUAUACGAGCCCGUCUUCUCCAAUCAGGAAGCUGCAUGGGGAGGUGGGGGGGCUUGAUGAGUGAGGGAGGGUUUCCCGAGGAGGACUCCUCCUCCUUCCUCCACUCACCCUGCCUCCGUUACUGCCGUGGUGCACACAACUUCCCCAGCAUCCUUCUCACCCAUUAAUUUCCCACGACAGUAACAAUGACUGUGGUCAUUUAUUGGGCCCCUGCCAUGUGCCAAGCACAGCUCUGCAUACACCUUUUCUUCAUCCUCACAGCAACCCUGUGAGUCACUACCACCCCCGUUUUAUAUAGACAGAAUCAGAGCGGUAGAAUCACCUGCCCCGGGGUCACACAGCCUGUCUGGGGCACAGCUGGGGUUUUUAACCAGGCCUCCAUGGUCCCCACCCAUGUGCUCUUGUGCCUUGCUCUCUCCUGCCUCCCUAGAGGAUUUGUGGAAGUCCUGUUUUACUGAAUCCUUGCAGGACAGCCCUCUGAGGCAGAGCCUUUUUUUUUUUUUUUUUUUUUUUUUUUGAGACGGAGUUUCACUCUUGUUGCUCAGGCUGGAGUGCAGUGGCAUGAUCUCAGCUCACCGCAACCUCUGCCUCCUGGGUUCAAGUGAUUCUCGUGCCUCAGCCUCCUGAGUACCUGGGAUUACAAGCAUGUGCCACCACACCUGGCUAAUUUUUGUAUUUGUAGUAGAGAUGGGGUUUCACCAUGUUGGCCAGUCUGGUCUCAAACUCCCGACCUCAGGUGAUCUGCCCGCCUUUGGCCUCCCAAAGUGCUGGGAUUACAGGCAUGAGUCACCGUGCCCAGCCAAGGCAGGGACUCUUAUCAUCCUCAUCUUAAGCAGAGAGAGCAGAGACUCAGAAAGCGACAUAAUUUGUAAAAGCUACUCAGAGCCCCCUGCCUCUCAGAACUCUGCCCUUGCCCCAGCUUGCUUCCUGCCCUCGGGGUCCACUGGGGGACAGGAUCAGAGACUCAGAGUUGGGGUCGUAACUAGAUACCGACCCUGGAGCCCCAGCACCUGCCUCUUUGAGGUUUCCAAGCCUGGCAGCAGAUCCUUAAGGCUGAUUCAUUCAGCCUGAUUGAGCAUGUCUGACUUGGCAAAUGGGAAUGAACUAGAAGAUCAGUGCCUUGGAGCUGCAGUAUGUGCCAACUCAGCCCCCGCGCUCACAGUGUCAUUAACGACGCACAGAAUGUUGGAACUUCCGAAUCUCGAGUCCCGAAUCUGCUGCUUAGGAAGCCAGCUCCCAGAAUCUGGCCCCAGUGAUGCUGGCUGCUGGGACUGGCUGGUUAUGGCCCUGCCAUAUUCCCGGAGCCUGGCAUGAUGGUGCUGGGGUCGGGGGUGGUUGGUUCUCCCUGGUCAUUUGUUGCAUGAAUGCAUCUCAUUGAAACCUCAGCCACUGUCGCCAAGCGGGUACAGUCAGAAGCCCCAUUUACAGGUGAAGAAACGAGGCUCAGAGAGAGAAGGUGACGUGACAUGGAAAGGGGAUUCAGAACGUUAGAACCAGAUUCGGAAUCCUAAAAGCUGAGGGCCAGACAGCGGCUGCUUCUGUAUGUGGUGAUGUGGACUCGAGGCUCGGGCCUUCGUGACCUCAUGGGAACACUUAGGAUCAGAGCGCCUGAGUCUUGGAAACAAAACAUUGAAGUUGGAGUCUUUGAUAAAAUCUUGAACUGGAAGGGCUGGGAAUACCUUUGGACACUUCUAGACUUCUCUGGGUGGGUUUUGUGUGUGUGUGUGUGAGACACAGCCUUAGGAGGUCCUGAGAACAUGUGUCCCCUGGGUGGGGGCUAUUGAAGUGGUCUCUGGGGACCUGCGUGUUCCUCCAAUAAGCUCUGCAGGAGAUUCUGAUGCUUACCUGGGUCUGAGAGCCUGCAGGAUUGAAACGUUCCCUCCCUGUGGAAACCGUCAGGCUGGACUGCAGCCCAUUCUAAGGAGGAGGUAGCUGGUAGGCGUGGCCCCGGACCUGCUUCAGCCUGCUUCAGCCGGCACCCCUUACAGUCUGUUCUCCCCACGGCAGCCAGAGGGAGUCUCUUGUACCUACACUAGCCCUGGUCCCUGCUCUGAGGGGGGAAGCCUCCCAUGGCGCCCAUCUCGGAGUAAAAGCUACAGUCCUCACUGUGGUCCACAAAGCCCUGCCUGGUCCGGCCCUUUCCUCAUUUCAUUCCGCUCGCCCGGCUGUGUUCAGCCACCCUGUCCUUCCCACAGGACCCGCCCACUCAACCCCGUUGGCUUUGCCCCCAGCACCCCCUGCCACCUGCAGGCCUCUGUCUGCUCCCCCAUCCCAGAGCCAAGGCAGCCACCCUCAGGGAGGCCUUCCCUUGCCCCACCCUUCCAAGGAGCCUGUGUGGGUCUGGUCCCAGCCUGAGGUCACCCUCCUUCACCUCUUUCCUUUUAUCCAUCGCCUCUAUCACCGUCUGAAUUCACCUGUGGCCUUGGCUUGUUUCUCCCUGCUGGUCUUUCAACCCCAGGAGGCUAGAGUGGCACCGUUCUCCUUGCCACAUCUGGCACACUGCCUGGCACAUAGUAGGUGCCUAAUGGUAAUAGCCCGUGGCUUUGCGGGCCCCCGUGUGCCAGGCAGUUCCUAGGUGCUUUGCCUGUAUUGGCUCAUCUAAGGAGCAGAUGGGCCGCGAUUCCAUUGACUUUGCCGAGGAGGAAGCUGAAGCCGGGAGGACCCGCCCCGGGCCUCAGCCAGCAAUAAGAUGAGCUGACCCUGGAACCCAGCUCCACACUGAGUCAGCCUGGUUUUCCGCCUCCUAACAAAGGCACCAGGCAUCAGGAAGGGGCGCCUUCAUAAGGCGUGGCGGACACCUUGGUGUGUGUUAGGCAAAGUCUGCCCCUUCUUCCCGGGAGCGGGGCUUGGAUUUCAGCCCAUCCCCCCUUCUCACGCAUCUUUGUGCUGUGAGCACCUGCCCCGGCCCACGUGCUGACCCGAGGAAGAAAUGACCUCGUGAGGUUCAGUAAGCUGCUCAGGGUGUCAGCCAGGUGGCCUCAGUACCGGGCCUAGAACUGGUCCCGCUGGCGGGCACUUGCACACCUUUGCCUCUGGGGUCCCCAGUCCAGCCCGUGCCUCCGCGCCACACUCACUUGUAGCCCACGUCGCACCAGCCCAGUGUCUUCAUGCGGUAGUGCUGCACAUUCCGGGCCUGCUGCUGGCACGAGGCGGGGGUGUUGCAGCUGCUGCCCGCCGUGUGUGACACCACCACAUAGCGUAAGGGCAGGCUCAGGCGCUGGGUGCACUCUGAUGCCAGGGCCUUACACUUCGUUCCGGGGCACUAUGGGGCUGCAGCAGGCCGGGUCUUCUGUCUCCUGAGCCGCUCCGAGUCGAAGGAGGCCGAGGAGAGCCCAGGCAAGCAGCGCGCAGCGGCGGGACAUAGUGGCAGGGCCGCAGGGGCCGGGAGACCGCUAGGAGCGCCCGGUGGAGGGGCCGCCUUUAUCUGCUGGGGGAUUCCAGCAGUGGCCCGGAAAGUCUUGCUUCACACCCUGCUGGGACUUCCUGCUGGCCCAGCAGACCCCAGACUCAGCUUCCUUCUCUGGCUGGGCCAGGGCGGGAUGCACUGUGGUUGGGGUCUGGGUCACGCCCACGGCAAUGACAGGCCCCCUCGCUCAGCAGGGAGGGACGCACAGGCCCCUGGGCGCUUCGUUCCGCCGUUUCUGGAAGACCCGGGGCCGGGAUCCCGGUCCUGCUUGUCUCUCCUCUCAGUGGAACAUUGAACAACUCAACAGGACCUUACAUCGCAGAGGCCCGGGGCAUUGGCACAUCUUCUCCCCGCAAGGACUGAGGUAACAAAGCUACCCAUUUUAAAAACACUUCCUUCCCCCAGGUCCAAGCCUGAUGCCAUUUACGCUUGCAGCAAACUCAAGAGGUGAGUAUCUGGAAGUCCAUUUCACAGUGGAGUAAACUGAGGUUGGGAGCAGGGAAGUCACGGGCUGAGACACCGGAGGCACUGGAGCCCCGCGUCUAGAGCCAGGCUGCCUGCGUGUGAAUCCUGGAUGUGCAGUGUGUGAGAGCCUGCAAGUGGUUUUUAAAAAUGUGUAUUUAAAAAUUUUUUUUUAAUUUUCUAUUUUAUAAAUAAUAUUUUCCUUUUUUUUUUUUUUGAGAUGGAGUUUUGCUCUUGUCACCCAGGCUGGAGUGCAAUGGUGCGAUCUUGGGCCACUGCAACCUCCGCCUCCUGGCUUCAAGCGAUUCUCCUGCCUCAGCCUCCUGAGUAGCUGGGAUUACAAGCGCACACCACCACGCCCAGCUAAUUUUUAUAUUUUUGGUAGAGACGGGGUUUUGCCAUGUUGGCCUGGCUGGUGUCGAACUCCUGACCUCAGGUGAGCCACCUGCCAGUGUUCCAGAGUGCUGGGAUUACUAUAGGCGUGAGCCACCGUGCCUGACCUGUGUGGUGUGUUUUCAUCUUCCGUGUUCUGCAUUCUCACAUACAUUGUACUCAUGCUGUUACUGAAUUGUGCACCAGGCAUCUGUAGCACUUUUCAGAAAUUAUCAUAUACUCAAUGACAAGCUUGCCAGAUCCAUGUUAUUAUUAACCCCUCUUACAGUUGACGGAACUGAGGCCCGGGGGGAUGAUCACAUACAGGAGGUGGUGAAGCCAGGGUUUGGCUACAGGCUUUCUGCCUGCAGAGUUAUAAACCGUAUUCUCCUCCCUACAAACUUAUAUAAGGACAUUAAAAAAAAAACAACAACAAAAUCAAAACCAUGUGCAUCAGUUUACCUUUUGUCACCUAAUAUUUCAUGGGCAUCUCGCCAGGGCAGUACAUCUAAUUUUAAUUUAUUCUUUAUAAUAGUUGCACAAUAUGCUAUAGUAUCAGUUCAGCAUUGUGGAUCUUUUAGUUUUUGAAGGUUUUCCAGUAUUUUCCCCACACUACGCAAAAUAUUUUCAGACAUAUAUCCCUAUGCACUGGUGCAUUUAUAAGUAAAUUAUAAACACAGAGUUAUUAGGUCAAUGAGUAUACAUAUUUAAUUAAUAUUACCAGAUCAUUUUCCCCAAAAAACCAUUAAUAAUUCAUAUUUUUCACCAGUAAUGUUUUGGAGCCUCCUCACCCCGACCCCAGAAGUGGGUGUUAUCACUUCUUUUUUUUUUUUUUCUUGAGUCAGAGUCUCACUCUGUCACUCAGGCUGGAAUGCAGUGGCAUGAUCUCUUGUCUCACUGUAAACCUCCACCUCCUGGGUUCAAGCCAUUCUCCUGCCUCAGCCUCCCAGGUAGCUAGGAUUACAGGCAUGUACCACCACACCCGGCUAAUUUUUGUAUUUGUAGUAGAGAUGGGGUUUCGCCAUGUUGGCCAAGCUGAUCUCGAACUCCUGAGCUCAGGUGAUCCACCCACCUCAGCCUCCCAAAGUGCUGGGAUUACAGGCAUGAGCCACCUUGCCUGGCCAGUGUUAUCACUUCUUAAAUUUAUAAGUAUAAAGUGACAGCUCCUUUGGCAUUUUUAUACCCACUCAGGAGACUGGGUAUUUUUCUGUAUUUGCUGUCUAUAUUUGGGCUUGCUCUUUUGUCAAUUACCUAUUCAUAUCCAUUGCCCAUUAAAAAAAAUUGGGUUGUUUGCCUUUUUGUUAUUAUUUGCAAAAUGAACAAAAGAAUCCCAUAAUUGGGAUUUUUGACUUCUUGGGUGUGUACAUUUUGUGUAUUUCAGUUUUUUUAGAAGCAUUAAAGAAUAAUGUAAUAUAAAAAGUGUGUAAACACAUUUUUUAUAGAGUUGAUAGACUUAAUAGAGUAGUGAGCUUAUGAAUUUUCAUGAAGUGAAUCCACCUGUGUAUCCAGUGCCUGGAUUAAGAAGUAGAGCUACACUUAAAAUUUUAAUAGGAAUUGGUAAAUACAAUACCAAAAAGAUUUUAGUAUUUAUUUUUCCCACAAUGUGAUCAGUUUUUAAAUGUUUUACUAAUCCAAAGAACAAGAUCUCAUUAUUGCUUUAUUUGCAUUUCCUUGAACAUUAGAGAGGUGAUUAUCUUUUUACAUAUUUACGGCUAUCAGCAUCCAUCUUCAAACUGUGUGUUCAUCUCUUCUGAUCAUUUUCUUGUUGAGUUGUAUAUGGGGGAUCUUAACCCUAUGUCUUAUCAAAUGUGCUGUAAACCUUUUCCUGUAAUCUGUUAAAAAAUAUCUAGGUUUUUCUUUUAUGGUUUCUGUGUUUCCUGUCUUGCCUUAGGAGGGACUUUUCACACUAAGAUUGUAAAACUUUUUCUAUUUAAAAAAGAUUAUUUUGUGUUUUACUUUUAGAUCUUUAUCUCGGCUAAAAUGUAUACUUGCAUGUGGUGUGAGGUAGGGGUCUGAUCUUGUUUCCAGAUGCCUAGCCGUUUGCCCAGGUUCUGUUUAUUAUAUAGGUAGAUCUGGUUUUAAAUUUCCAUUCUGCCCCUUAUUAGCUACAUGAUCUUGGGAAAUUGGAUAGCAAUUGACACAGUCGACCACUUCCUCCUUCUCAAAAUACUUAUUUCCCUUAGCUUUUGUGAUGUAAGACUGCCUUGAUUUUCCUUCUGCUUCUCUGGCUGGUAUUUUUUUUUCUCUCUCUUUUUUUCAGAGUAAUUCUUCCCUCCUGGACCCUCAAACCAUAUAUUUUGUGCUGAGUGAUCUUAUCCACAUAAUGGCUUCAGCCACAGUCAAAAUGCAGAGGAUUCCUGUAUUUCAAUGUCUAGUCUGGAGCUCUCAGUUGAGUUCUGGAUCUGUGUAUCCACCUGGCCACUUGACGCCUCCACUUGGAUGUCCCACAGGCACCUCCAAUGCAAAAUGACUCAUGACCUUCUCGUCCCCAUCAGCACUCCCACAGGAGUUCCUGUCUAAGGAAAUGGUAUCACCAUCUUCCCAUUACAAAAGCCGUACAUUUGAGCACCAUCCUUGACUAAUUCCUGUUCCUUCCUCUGUUGUACCCAGUACCCAAAAGAAUGCCCAGCACAUGGUAGGUGCUCACUAAAUAGCUACUUGAUUGAAUGGAUAUGCAACCCACCACCAAGGAAUGCCACUGUGAUGAAUUAGAACUCUUCUAUCUAAUUCCAUUCUCUACACCCUGGUCCAGACACCACCUCCUUUCACCUCGAUUUUGCCCUGCCUCUUCAGUGACCUCCCAGGAUGCACUCUGGCCUCUGUGAAGCCAAAGCUCUGCUCAGAUCUUUUCUAAAGUCACCCUCAAAAAUGAGUCACAUUUUUCAGUGGCAUCUCAUGAUUCCUCGAAUGAGGCCCAAGCUCCUCCCCAUGGCCAACAGCAUGGGCUGCCUACAGUAUGGGCUGCCCCCAUCCCAGCCUCACCUUGCUUACUCCCAAAAGCCUCUUUCUGACUCCUGCAGCCACUGUCCCCUUCUUGCUGCCCUUGAACAUGCUUUGACUACCCUGUUCCCUUGGGGACUUCAGACACACCGGGUAUAAGUUUUAAAUAGAGGAACCUGGAACGAAUUCAGGAACUUUGUGCCUUAGCUUUAAGACAACAAAACACCAAGCCAGCCUUUUGUAAAAAGACAGGACUAUUUACACAUCACAUUCCUUUUUUUAAUUUUUAUUUUCUUUUUUCCCUUUCUUUUGCCUGUUCUUUCAUUUGAGGCACAGAUCCCUUAAAGACACUAAGAAUAUAAACAUUAGCCAGCUGGAGUGAAGCCUUCCAUUGCGAGAGUUUUAUUUAGUCUGUAUCUUUAAAAAAAUGUAUUUACUUAUUUAUUUUUUGAGACAGUUUCACUCUGUUGCCCAGGCUGGAGUGCAGUGGCACAAUCUUGGCUCACCACAACCUCCGCCUCUUGGGUUCAAGCAAUUCUUUUGCCUCAGCUUCCCGAGUAGCUGGGAUGACAGGUGCCCACCACCAUGCUCAGUUAGUUUUUGUAUUUUUUUUUUUUUUUUUUUUAGUAGAGAUGGGGGUUUCACUGUGUUGGCCAGGCUGGUCUCGAACUCCUGACCUCAGGUGAUCUGCCUGCCUCGGCCUCCCAAAAUGCUGGGAUUACAGGUGUGAGCCAUAUUUACUUACUUAUUUUUACAUACAGGUGUGAGCCAUAUUUACUUAUUUUUACAUACAGGUGCGAGCCAUAUUUACUUACUUAUUUUUACAUACAGGUGUGAGCCAUAUUUACUUAUUUUUACAUACAGGUGUGAGCCAUAUUUACUUACUUAUUUUUACAUACAAUACAAACACUUUAAAUAAAGUUGAAGAUCAUCUCCAUGGACCAGGUGGUCAAGCCGAACACCCAGGAUCCAGCUGUCAGGUUCAGGGUAGCCCCUGAGCUUCUCACUCUGACUCCAACAGGGUGAGCUUGCUAUCCUUGUGGCACAGGGCCUUUUGCAUUGUGGAUGAUGGAGCGGCUCGUAUAGUCCAUAAGUUUUGUGCGUAGCUGUGUACCCUGUCCCUGGGAGCUGGUUCUGCCCGGCACCUCGGUGACCUCGAGGAAAGAAGCUGAGAGACAGAGUCUUGCUUUGUCACCCAGGCUGGAGGACAGUGGCACCAUCAUAGCUCACUGCAGACUCGAACUCCUGGGCUCAAGGGAUCCUCCUGCCUCGGCCUCCAAAAAUGGUGAGAUUAUGGACAUGAGACACUGCACUGGGCCUAUUGUGUAUCUUGUUGGCCUAAAAUUGAAACAUGCCUUGUGAGCGUUUACUGCAACUUCAAUGAGUGAUUAUUAUGUUGCCUUUAAUCCUGAGAGACUGUAUUACUUGUGCACUUUUUUUUUUUUUGGAUGGGGGAAAUUAGAUUUAUUCCCUAUAUGUUUUAGAAAAUUGAAGUUUUAAAUAUCAGACUCACUAGCUGCCCUGAUUUAAUCUGUUACAAUUAAGUCAGUUAAAAAACUCCUCCUUGGCCGGGCAUGGUGGCUCACACCUGUAAUCCCAGCACUUUGGAAGGCCGAGGUGGGCAAAUCACUUGAGAUCAGGAGUUCGAGAUCAGCCUGGCCAACAUGAGGAAACCCUGUCUCCCCUAAAAAUACAAAAAUUAGCCAUGCGUGGUGGCGGGCGCCUGUAAUCCCAGCUACUUGGGAGGCUGAGGCAGGAGAAUCGCUUGAGCCCGGGAGGCAGAGGUUGUAGUGAGCUGAGAUUGCGCUACUGCACUCCAGCCUGGGCAACAGAGCCAGACCCUGUCCAAAACAAAACAAAACAAAACAA